AUGGGCUUUGAACCGCAGUUGCGGAAGAUCAUCCAGUCUCGCGCUUAUGGCAUUCCCAAUGACGGAAGUCGGCAGACGGCUCUUUUUAGCGCCACAUUUCCUCCCGACGUUGCCCUUCUAGCUCGUGACUUUCUUCGCGGGUCUCGUUGCAUUUCUCUAAAUAUUGUUCACAACGACAAGGAUGAGAGUGAUCUCAUUGUGCCCCAGUGGGGUCAGGCCGUCAAACGUGGGCACCAGUCCAACGAAGAUAUUUUUAGGCAACUCAAGGCAACUGUGCCUAGGGAAAUUGUUCAGGAAAUCCAAUGGGUCGAAGACGACGGAGAAGCGCGAGGAUAUCACUUGCUCGAACGUCUUGUGAUUGUCUUAAACCGAGCUAUUACAGAUAUGCCUAUCGAGAAGAAUGAGGAUGCUUCAACGGAGCAUUUUACCGCAGACUCAAAUGACCGAAUACUUGUGUUUUGUAACACUAAGCGAGAGGCUGAUCGGGUUGAUCGCUAUUUGGUCGGUCAGGGCUUCAAAUCUGUCUGUAUCCACGGCGAUCGGUCUCAGCAACAACGCAGUCGUGUUGUUCAGCUCUUUCGAACAGGACAGGUUAACGUCCUUGUAGCAACCUCGGUAAAUCAGCUUUUGCCUUUUUGGGCUUUGUCGGGUAACCUGGCAUCCCGUGGUAGGGAACUAAUUUCUGGGAGAUUAAGCCGUUCCACGCAUUUUGUUUUUAAAGCUCACUCUUUCCUGCUUGGGGAAAAGUGUUCCUUUAAUUUUUAUUAG